AUGGAGCCUGUGCGAGAUGUUACUUCAACCGAACCCAACAAGAUGGAUGCCCCUCCACUCAAUAACCUGAAUCCACAAGAAGUAUCUACUGGUACAGUAGGCCAAGACGCCUCCUAUCCAAACUUAGAAAAGAAAACCCUGCCUGAUUCCCGUAAAUCUAAUAAGGAAUCUAUUGCUGGCAUUAUCGAUAACACCAUGAGUCGACCUGCAAUCACCUUAAGUAUCAAUGAGCUCAGUAUUCUUUCUCCGUCUGGUCGCACUGCCAUGAAAAAUCGCAUGACGAAGUCCCAAAGGAAUCCACGCACAAAGAUAGAAUCUAGAAGACUGAAUGUCACAGCAUUUACGAUGAAUCAAAACCAACUCAAAGGAAGUAUUCCAAAAACAAGAGGACAAGUCAAUGGUAUUGACUGCGAAAUGAUCCUUGACACCAGUUGUUCCAUAUUUAUCACUGGCGCUCACUUCGCUGAGGGAAUAGGAAUAAAAUCACUGUUCAGUUCAAGCAUGAAAUACUACUGGGUACUGAUUCUAUCACGAAGUGCUUAG